AGUUCGGAGUUCAAAGCCAACAAACACAGGCUGUGCAGCAUGGCGGUUCUGGCAGGCUGCGGACAUUUUUCCCGGACAUUUCGACCUGCACUGUGUCUAUUCCGUUAUGGGGCUAGCAAGCUACAGUUGCAUGCAGGAAUCGGGUACCCUGCAAUCUGUGCAAAUGAACCGCUGCUGCGCAGAACCCGGGCUCUGUGGGGAAGUGGAGUGGUGGGUCGUCAUUUCAGCUCAGAUGGUGGAGACGAUCUAAGUGUUAGGUAUCUGGAAGGAGAGGAUUCAGGAAUUGUGGUGCUUGGAAUAAACAGACCAAAGGCCAAAAACGCAAUCAGCAAAAAUCUUGUUAAACUGAUGGCUGAAGCAGUGGAUGCAGUGAAGGUUAACAAAAGCGUGCGAACAGUCAUUCUGUGUAGUUUGGUGCCCGGAAUAUUCUGUGCAGGUGCUGAUCUGAAGGAGAGAGCAAAAAUGCACCCAAGUGAAGUCGGGCCAUUUGUGUCUAAAGCCAGAGCUCUCAUGAAUGAGCUAGGUAAUCUUCCAAUGCCAACAAUUGCUGCAAUAGAUGGGGCUGCCCUGGGAGGAGGUCUGGAGAUGGCUUUAGCCUGUGACAUAAGAACUGCUGCCUUCACUGCAAAAAUGGGACUGGUUGAAACGAAGCUGGCCAUCAUUCCAGGAGCAGGUGGAACACAGCGGCUGCCGCGUACCAUUGGAGUGGCCUCUGCCAAGGAGCUAAUUUUCUCCGGCCGUACUGUGGAUGGAACCGAGGCGAAAUCCCUGGGGUUGGUCAGCCACUCCGUGGAACAGAAUGAGGCAGGAGACGCCGCCUUCAGGAAAGCCUUGGCCUUGGCAAGAGAAUUCAUUCCUCAGGGACCUAUAGCUAUGAGAAUGGCUAAGCUUGCCAUUAACAGAGGAAUUGAGGUUGACUUGGCAACAGGUUUAGCGAUUGAAGAAGCUUGUUAUGCUCAGGUGAUUCCAACGAAGGACAGAAUUGAAGGUCUAACUGCAUUCAAAGAGAAAAGACCACCACGUUACAAGGGAGAAUAAGAAAAAUCAUUUAAAAGGGUGCCAAGAAUACUGCCUGAUUCACAUGGUAUAAUAAGAAGAGUGAUGAAACUUGAAACUAUCAGCGUAUGUACUCCUCGCUUGUGACACAUUGCAUUAACAAACCUCAAGUAAGACAGCAAGUUAAAACAAAACGGAUAUUGAAUGAUCUGGAAUGUGCGCCAACUUGCCCACAACACUACUGCUUUGUCAUCAGCUGAGUUUUAGAUUAAUCUCUUUUAUAAAUAAGCAGUGGGGGAGAAUAGUGGUUCAUGGCAUUUAUUGCACAAUCUGGAUACUUCAUGUAGCAGCAUUUUUCAUGUUGAUACAUAGCUUCAUGCGGUCUUUCCUCAUAAAACCUGUAGAUUUAGAGGAUACAUCUGUUGUGAAUUGACUGGAUUCCAGUAUUCCAGGUUUAAUUUAUGAAAAAGCAAGAUUACAGAUUGUCAAGCAAUGACUACAGAUAGCCCCUGCUUAUUUAAAAAUGUAGAUUAACCUUCAUGUUAGUAUUGCCUUAAUAAAAUGGUAACUGAAGAAAUGCCUCGUGCAGUUUCUCAUUAAUGGCCAUGCUUUUAACCAGCUUUACAAAUAAAUGUUAAAAAAAAAAACAGAUUGAAUACAUUUUCUGUGUCUAAUUGGUUGUAAUGUGGUGAUUACCGGUCCAUACUGUGAAUAUUGAAUGAUUUUUAAAUCUUACUGUGAAUAUUUAAAUAAAGUAAACCCUGUAUCCUGGGGCAGUCGCCUUUCCAUUCUGCAUCCUGUAAAUAAACAUGACUUUGAGCAAUCA